AUGACUGAGUUCUCUGACAGGUUAUCCAGUCCGAGAGACAAGGGAGCGUUGAAAUUUUCAGAUUCCAGCACUUCCUCCUCUACACAUAAACCAGGAGGGGGAGCCAGCCUAUACCCUGUGAAAGAGCUAGAAGCGCUGAACCUCGACAGUUCUGAAAGCUCUGAAAAUAAAACCUUAGACUCAGAGGAGGAGGCCGAGCUAGAUGAGGAAGCAGCUAAAUAUGAGGAGGAAAGAUAUUACCCCGAUGAAUGUAGGGGAAGUAAUAGAAGGCUUCUAGCACGGCCGCCACCAACGGCGCCCCCUCCAUAUGAGACACGCUCACGCGCCUUCUCACUAGUCCCUGAGAGGGUGAGAAGAAAGCUGAGUAUGACAUUUCCUGUCUUUGAGACUCCGGAGGGAGGACGGGUCCAUACCCCUGUUGAAUAUAAUCAGAUUAAGGAAUUAGCGGAAUCAGUUAGAAAGUAUGGAGUCACAGCCAACUUUACUCUAACACAACUCGACAGGUUGGCCAUGGCGGCAUUGACACCAGCUGAUUGGCAGAUGAUUGCUAAGGCAGCCCUUGCCAGCAUGGGCCAAUACAUGGAAUGGAAAGCACUCUGGUAUGAGGCAGCCCAAACACAGGCCAGAGCGAAUGCUACGGCCUUAAUACCUGAGCAACAGGAAUGGACUUUCGAACUCUUAACAGGACAGGGCCGAUUUGCAGCUGAUCAGUCUGCUUACCACUGGGGCGCCUAUGCUCAGGUCUCCAGCACGGCUAUUAGAGCCUGGAAGGCACUGUCCAGGAGAGGAGGGAUCGAUAAUCAACUUACAAAAAUCAUUCAGGGACCCCAGGAAAAUUUCUCAGAUUUUGUAGCUAGAAUGACAGAGGCUGCAGGACGAAUCUUUGGCGAUCCUGAACAAGCAGCACCGCUUAUAGAACAGCUCGUUUUCGAGCAAGCCACCCAGGAGUGCCGAGCAGCCAUAGGCCCCCGAAGAAAUAAAGAGCUACAGGAUUGGCUUAGAGUCUGCAGGGAACUUGGAGGGCCCCUUACUAUCUCAGGCCUGGCGGCCGCCAUUCUCCAGUCCCAGCAACGCCCCGUUAAAGGGACGGUUAAAAGAUCAUGCUUUCAAUGUGGGAAAACAGGCCAUCUAAAAAUAGACUGCAGGAUGACAAAAGGAGACAGGGGGUCUGCAACCCUCUGUGUCCGAUGUGGCAAAGGCUACCAUAGGGCUGACCAGUGCCGAUCAGUGAGAGACAUUAAAGGCAAACUACUCCCUCCUUUAGAGACUCGGCCUAAUGAGAUGUCAAAAAAUGGGCUGGUGGGCCCCUGGUCCCAGGGCCCUCAAAGAUAUGGGAACCGCUUUCACAGGGCCAUGACCCCGGCAGAGGAGGUCCCCCAAGAGGCGACACAAAAUUGGACCUGUGUGCCGCCUCAGACUUCUUUCUAAUGCCCCAGAUGGGCAUUCAGCCAAUUCCUGCUCAGACUGUGGGGCCUCUACCCCCAGGAACCAUAGGCCUUGUCCUUGGGAGAGGAUCUCUCGCCCUACAAGGACUGAUAGUCCAUCCAGGCCUUGUUGAAGCUCAGCGCUCUCUUGAUGUUCAGAUUCUUUGUUCAAGUCCCGAUGGGGUUUUUUCCAUAAGUAAAGGAGAUAGAAUAGCACAGUUAUUACUCCUUCUGUGCUCCCAGGCCAUGAUACAGGAUACCAAGGGACCCAUGGGGUCCACUGGUCAUGAUUCGGCAUAUUUGGUGGUUCACCUUAACAACCGCCCAAAAUUGAGCUUAGAAAUUAAUGGAAAGAAAUUCGAAGGCAUACUGGAUACUGGGGCUGAUAAAAGUAUAAUUUCCUCAAAAUGGUGGCCCCAAUCAUGGCCUAACACAAAAUCUUCUCACUCGCUACAAGGAUUAGGCUACCAGUCAUGCCCUAUGAUCAGCUCUGCCACUCUAACUUGUACAACUGCCGAUGGCCGACAGGGACAAUUUAUUCCUUAUGUACUUUCCCCUGCCUGUUAAUCUUUGGGGGAGGGAUGUUAUGCAGACCAUGGGACUGACCUUAUCUAAUGAAUACCCCCCACAAGUGGCCCACAUGAUGUCAAGGAUGGGCUAUAAGGAAGGGAAAGGCCUAGGGCGAUUAGAACAGGGUCGUCUCACGCCCAUUGAACCGAUCACCAACCCCCAUAAACAAGGCCUGGGUUUUUCCUAGGCGCCAUUGGGGCAGCACGACCCAUACCAUGGAGGACGGAGGACGCAGUGUGGGUUCCCCAAUGGCCAUUAACCUCUGAGAAAUUACAAGCAGCUACAGGACUGGUGGAUGAACAAUUAAGAUUGGGACAUUUGGAGCCCUCCACCUCUCCUUGGAACACCCCAAUUUUUGUAAUAAGGAAAAAAUCAGGAAAAUGGCGACUACUCCAUGACUUGAGGGCCAUUAACGAUCAGAUGGAAUCCCUUGGACCCAUUCAGCGGGGCCUUCCUAUACUCUCGGCCCUACAAAAAGAUUGGAAUUUGGUAAUAAUAGAUAUCAAGGAUUGUUUUUUCUCUAUUCUGCUUUACCCCCUGAUAGGCCCAGGUUUGCUUUUACUGUCCCAUCAAUUAAUCAUACUGAACCUGAUAAAAGAUACCAGUGGAAGGUCCUACCUCAGGGCAUGGCCAACAGCCCUACGAUGUGUCAGUUAUAUGUUCAGGAAGCCCUCAAACCAGUCAGGGAGACCUAUCCAAAUUUACUGUUAAUCCAUUACAUGGAUGAUAUAUUGAUGUGUCAUAAAGACUUAGAAUUACUCACACAAGCCUAUUCCUUAUUACAAAAAACCCUUAAACAAUGGGACUUACAUAUUGCUACAGAAAAGGUCCAAAUUGCUGACACAGGUCAUUUUCUAGGAUCCAUUAUUUUCCAUGAUAAGAUUAUACCCCAGAAACUGGAAAUCCGUAGAGACCACCUCCAUACUCUUAAUGACUUUCAGAAGCUCUUGGGAGAUAUCAACUGGUUGAGACCAUUUUUGUAAAUCCCUUCCGUGGAAUUAAAACCUUUGUUCUAAAUAUUGGAAGGGGACGGCCACAUCACCACCCCUCGUGUGCUAACUCCCGCUGCAACCAAGGCCUUACUAAAAGUAGAAAAUGCCAUAAAACAGGCCCAAUUGCAAUGCAUUGAUUGGUCUCUACCUUUUUCACUCUGUGUACUAGAUACCAAGGAUUUACCCACUCCAGUUUUAUGGCAACAAGGUCCACUGUUAUGGAUCUAUCCACAUGCUUCCCCUGUGAAGAUUAUUGAUUGGUAUCCAGCAGCAGUAGCACAUCUGGCUAUUAAGGGCCUAAAAGCUGCCAUCUGUCAUUUUGGGACUCCACUCCAAUCCUUGAUUAUCCCAUAUACACCCUACCAGGUCCAAACUCUAGCCACUACCUCUGAUGAUUGGGCAGUGCUGCUCACAUCCUUUACAGGGAAGAUAGAUAAUCAUUAUCCUAAACACCCCCUAUUGUGUUUUGCAAGAUCACAACCUGUUGUUUUCCCUCGCGUCACAUCCCACAGACCAUUAAAGGAGGGGAUAAUAGUGUAUACGGAUGGGUCAAAAACAGGGGUGGGAGCAUAUGUGGUAAACUCCCAAGUAUUCUCAUGACAAUAUUUUGAAACCUCACCCAAAGUGGUAGAAUGCCUAGUGGUCAUGGAGGUCAUUGAAAAAUUCCAGGUUCCUCUAAAUAUUGUUUCAGAUUCCUCCUAUGUGGUUAAUGUUGUUAGUAUUUUUGAAACCGCCGGUAUAAUUAAAACCACUAGUAAGGUGGCAGAUAUUUUCUGAAAAAUCCAAAUUAUCCUAUUAAAUAGAAGAUUCCCUGUAUACAUUACUCAUAUACGGGCCCAUUCUGGACUCCCUGGCCCAAUGAGUUCAGAGAAUGGUUUGGCUGACAAAGCCACAAAAAUGAUAGCUGUGACCCUGGCCUCUCCUUUAGAGGCCGCUAAAGCCUUUCAUGGCAAUUUCCAUGUCACCUCAGAAACUUUACGCCGCUGCUUCUCUAUAACUAGAAAAGAGGCACAUGAUAUAGUCUCCCAAUGCCAACAGUGCUGCCAGU